CGUUGAGGUAGUCAACCUUCCCCUGUAUGGCGACCCUGUCAAAGGCGUUGCACACUCACUCGUGUUGCUCGUGUAGACCGACAGAAAGGCAAAAGGUGUCUUCUUUCGCUCCCACCACACGAAAAUAAAAAGUUUUUUUACCAGUCCCAAACAAUAUCUACCACUCUUUUUCUCCUGGUGUUGGGUAAAAUACCUAUAUGUUGUUCCGCAGCAAAUGCAAGGGACCACUUUACCAGAAGUAUUGUAUUGGUGUAACUCAAAGUUUUCCGCCGUUGGUUGGAGUGAAAAUAGAUUUGGCCCUAGUCCUAGUGCUGGUGGCCCCUGACUUUCUAGUCAUUAUACAUCACCAGACGUCAAGUAAACCGUUUCGACCCCGUUCUUCAUUUGCAUUGCUCUCUGCUUCUCUCUUACACCCGUCUCAGAGGGAGAGGAGGGGGCAUUCUAAACUGCACAAUACCCAUUUGAGAUAAAGGGGGAAUCGGGAUUAUUCAUGUGUAAGACGACUGGCAUUACCCAUUUUUCUUUUUCUGUUUCCAAAUUUAGGCAUUAGCUAUUUUCUGGUGGAAUCUUGUAAUCCAUUCUUGUAAAACAAGUGUUUUUGGGGGAGAUAUGUUUGUGUCUCGUCUACCAGUGGGCCUUGUGGCUUGGAAUGAUGUUGCUUAUGUAAGACAACUUCCUGUGAGUUGCCCUCCAGCCGCCCCAACCGCUGGCCCACUGUGUUUUGUGUGAUCUCUGUUUUUGUUUUCCCCCAUUGUUCAACGAUGGCGUUUGAACUCUUCCUCCGUCUUUCUCGCCAAUUGGGUUGUGUGUAGUGGAAUCUGUUUGAGGAAACCUUUACAUUUGGAUCACCAACGCUUUGAAAUUGGCAUUUUCUCGGAGUGGCAUGCAUGGUACACAGAGGAGGCAGACUAAACGUCUAGUCAUAUUUGCAGGGGAGUGAUUGAGAUUUGCUGCUGGUAUAACUCAUUGAAAGUGGAGGCAAUGUCAUCUGGUGGCUUUCUAAAUGCUGAGCUAUCCAAGAAGACUUCCCUGUUUGGGCUGAAAUUAUGGGUUGUGAUUGGCAUAGCUGUUGGUGCUUUUAUUGUCAUAAUACUAAUUCUAUUAUCAGCAUGGCUUGCUUCUCGAAGAAGAUCAAGCAGUGUUUUAGAAAACGUACCAAUGACCCAGAUCCCAAAAGUCUCAAAGGAAAUUAAGGAAGUCAAGGUUGAGAAGGUGGGGUCAGUAAAUUUGUCUCCCAGUGAUGCUGUUCUUCUUACCAUUGACAAAUCCAGUGACAGAGAAUCAGAAAAAGUUUUAGUCCGUGUUGGUAUAAGGAGAUCUACUGAUAUGGAUACUCACAGCCAGGGCAGCUCUAUCUUUCAACAGGAGAUUGGAGGAAAUUCACUUUCAGGAGAAGAGGGAAACUCGGGCACAUUCACACUUUAUAGGGCUUCAUCUUCCCAUGCAAUUAAUCCAGCUUCACCAUUGAGUGGUUUGCCUGAAGUUUCACAUCUUGGAUGGGGUCAUUGGUUUACCCUUAGGGACCUUGAAGUUGCCACAAAUUGCUUUGCAAGGGAAAAUGUGCUGGGUGAGGGUGGAUAUGGAAUUGUUUAUAAGGGCCAGCUUGCCAAUGGAACUAUGGUUGCAGUCAAGAACAUCCUCAACAAUUUAGGACAAGCAGAAAAAGAGUUCAGGACAGAAGUAGAGGCUAUUGGUCAUGUGCGACACAAAAAUCUAGUGCGUCUCCUUGGUUACUGCAUAGAAGGAACUCACAGGAUGCUGGUAUAUGAGUAUGUAAAUAAUGGUAAUUUAGAUCAAUGGCUUCAUGGAGCAAUGAGGCAACAAGGUUUUCUGACAUGGGAGGCCCGUAUGAAGGUUAUUCUUGGAACUGCAAAGGCGCUUGCAUAUCUGCACGAGGCUAUUGAGCCAAAGGUUGUUCACAGAGACAUCAAAGCCAGCAACAUCUUAAUGGAUAGCGAUUUUAAUGCCAAGGUCUCAGAUUUUGGAUUAGCAAAGCUUCUUGGAUCAGAAAAGAGCCACAUCACAACUAGAGUGAUGGGCACUUUUGGAUAUGUUGCACCAGAGUAUGCGAAUACAGGAUUGUUGAAUGAAAAGAGUGAUGUUUAUAGCUUUGGAGUUCUCCUCUUAGAGACAAUCACAGGUAGAGAUCCAGUUGACUAUGGUCGGCCAGCAGAUGAGGUUAACCUUGUAGAAUGGCUAAAGAUGAUGGUUGGUAACAGGCGCUCAGAAGAGGUGGUAGACCCAAAUAUAGAUAUGAAACCAGCUACACGUAAUCUGAAGAGAGCACUCUUGGUUGCUCUAAGAUGCCUUGAUCCAGAUUCUGAGAAAAGACCUAAGAUGGGACAUGUUGUACGGAUGCUUGAAGUAGACGAGUUUCCUUAUCAUGAGGAUCGAAGAAAUAGAGCGCGUCAUGCUAGAAAAUCAGAAGUUGAGGAUGAAGAGAAGCCUAUCUGGCAAAAUACAGCAGAAGCUUCAGCUUCUAGAGAUGUGGAUUCACAUACUGAUACAAGAAAUGGGGUGGAACAGGCAAAUGCUAGCGAGCAGAGAAAAAGGGGCAGGAAAUAAGAAGUCUGAUUUUGCAUUUUCUGUCAUUGGUUUAUGGAAUUUAUUCUUUUUAUAGGAUUUUCCACAAAAUGAUUGGUAAUAUAUAUUCUUUGGAUCCUAUUGUACAUCACAUGGGAGCUUCUCAAAAGUUUGCUGCACUGUAGGGAUUUUGCAUAAGGGGAGUUGAUAUUUUGUUUCUCAUAUUUACGAAGACAUUGUUGAAUGAUUUUCACAACAGAAUACAGGAGAUUUGCAGUAGUCAGUUUAUUCUUGUUUGGCAAGGCAUAAAAUCUCUAGCUGUCUACACCUUGCUUGAAAGACAGGACAGCCAAACUAAAAGCUUCUUUUCACCUUGAAGGAGGAUGGGGUAUUGUGACAGUUUUGUAUGACCAUUACACCCAGGUUGACCCUGUUUGGUGCAAAAUUUAUAUUGACUAGUCACUCUCUUAAUAAAGUGUUCAAGUAAUGCGCAUUAUGCAUCCUGAGAACAACUUGUCAGAAAACACUGUUGUACAUAAUUAUUUCAAUCUUGGAUUUCUGACUUGCUGAUUUAA